GUGGCAGCACACCCAAGGCCCAGCCCCGGAGGAACGGGCGGGCUGAUCCCUCCCCUCCCUGCCGCCCCCCGGGGGCGGGGCCGGCACGCCCGUUCCCGCGGGGCUGGGCGUGCAGCGCCGAGCACCGCUGCCGCCGGAGCCGGGAGGCGCCCGGACCCGCCGCGGCCCUCGGCCCGUCCCCGCUGCCGCCGGCCCGCGCGGCCCCGCGCAGGAUGAACGUGCUGGCCCCGGUGCGCAGGGACAGGGUCGUCGCCGACCUGCCCCAGUGCUUUCGGAAGGAGGCGGCCCUGCACGCCCGCCCGGCCUUCCACCCCAGCGUGGCCGGCGCCUGCCAGGAGCAGCGGACGGGCACCGUGGGGUUCAAGAUCUCCAAGAUCAUCGUGGUGGGAGACCUCUCGGUGGGGAAGACCUGCCUCAUCAACCGCUUUUGCAAGGACACCUUCGACAAGAACUACAAGGCCACCAUCGGGGUGGACUUCGAAAUGGAGCGCUUCGAGGUGCUGGGUGUCCCCUUCAGCCUGCAGCUGUGGGACACGGCCGGCCAGGAGCGCUUCAAGUGCAUCGCCUCCACCUACUACCGGGGCGCGCAAGCCAUCGUCAUCGUCUUCGACCUCAACGACGUGGCCUCCCUGGAGCACACGCGGCAGUGGCUCGCUGACGCCCUCAAGGAGAACGACCCGUCCAACGUCAUCCUCUUCUUGGUGGGCUCCAAGAAGGACCUGAGCACGCCGGCGCAGUACAGCCUCAUGGAGAAGGACGCCCUCAAGGUGGCCCAGGAGAUGCAGGCGGAGUAUUGGGCCGUGUCCUCCCUCACCGGGGAGAACGUGCGGGACUUCUUCUUCCGUGUGGCGGCGCUGACCUUCGAGAGCAGCGUGCUGGCCGAGCUGGAGCGCAGCGGCGCCCGCAAGAUCGGCGACACCGUGCGGAUCAGCGGCCCCGAGAGCGACCUGUACCUGACGGCGCCGCGCAAGAAGCCCAAGUGCUGCCAGUGAGGAGCCGCCCCGCGGCCCCCGCACCUCGCUACCAAAGACGGCCGGCGCCUCCUGCCCCGCCGAUCCGGCCUCCCGUGCUCCUGCCUCCGCUGCCCCGGCUCCGGGCAAGCCGGGACGGCACCAGCCGCUGCUUUGAGACGCUGCCUCGCUCCGGCUUGGCUCUCUCCGGCUGUGCCGUGGGUCUCCCGGCGGUGCCCGGGGCUGGCGCGGCCACUGCUCCAAGCAGCCCCCGCCGGGGUCCGGCACCGGCCAGGCCCGCAGCGAGGGCCAGGGCAUCCUUAGCUAUGCAACUCCACGUAUCGUUAGCAGGGGCUCCGAUUUUUCAUAAUAAAAUGGUUUUUACACUUUUUAAAAAAAGAAA